UGCUCACCCCGCCAUUCUCCCUCCUCGCCCAAGAGAUCUUGGACUCUAUCGUGGAUCACCUUGUUCUCCCCGAGUGGGACGAGGACCUUGUUCAUCUGUCGCUCACGGAUCGUGCGUUCACCGCGAGGUGCCAAAUGCAGAUCUUCCGCAAGAUUUCCCUUGAUUACGAUGAUUGUACCGAAACCAAACUGAAGAAAAAGAUCAAGAAGAAGUGGAAAAUCCUCAAAGCUAGCCCGUGGCUUGCGAAGCAUAUCCGCAUUAUUAUAAUCCGACUCGCCGAUCCCCAGCUAUUCGAUGACCUGACCUUCGUGAACAUUUUGGAUCUUAUGAAGAACUCUUGCGCCUCCCCCCACACUCUCGAAGUUGAAACGCAGGACGACUGCCCGACACACUUUGCGGCAGGAUUGCUGCAGUCUUCCUUCUCCCAAACCUUGACGACGCUCCAUCUCACGGGUUGGAAAGGCCUUCCAUUGGACAUUAUUAUGAUUUGUUCCAAUCUGAAGGACCUCAAUGUUCGCAAUAUCGAAAUGGGAGAGAGGCAGAAGGCUAGUAUGCUCACUAAGGGCUUCCCUCCUCCCAAGAUCGAGCGCUUCGACUAUUACAACUCGUACCAUCUAGUUAAGCGACUCGUCAAGGUAGGGCCCUCCACUGUGCCCAUCGUCGAUUGGUCCCAGUGCAAGAUUCUCGAAACUAGUCCACAAGAGCGAAGUGACAUGUCAUGUAUUCAACGCAUCUUAAAGUUGACCUCCAAUACACUCGAAGAGCUUUAUCUCACCACUCCUAGUGUAUCCAACAUCCCGAAGGGAAAGCGACAACUCCCUCUCAAGACGCUUGUGAACCUCGAAUCAAUGUCAAGUCUGCGCAUCCUCCAUGUUUGUGCAGGUAUAAACUGCCGCGGCAAACAGCAUACGGUGCUCGAUGACAUAAGCUCGGUCUUGAGCUCCUUUCCUUCCCCGAAUCAACUCCGACGUUUCUUCUUACGCGUUUCGAUUUAUGGGCGAGGGCCAUUCAAAGGAUGCCUCGACGAAGAUUGGGAGGCUCUCUGUGCACAGGUAGCCCGAGUCUCUGGCGGCCGGCCUUUGAGCUUCCAGGUUGUGGCCUUCAUAAACGCCCACAAGCUCGCUGACCGGUUUCCGGGAGACAAUGUUCUGUAUGCGACCCUUGAAGAACGGAUGGAACAGUGCCUCUCUCCGUACAGGAACGUUAAAUUCCAUUUUGCGUCCGCAACGCACCUUUACCCCGUUGCCCUCCCUGCUUCCCGGACUACGCUCAUCCACCGCCUGGACUCUCGUAAUGCGCCCAUUGUACCGCCCGUUACCCUCGCAGUGCCCACCUCCUUUGACCACUUUGACGCUAUGGCCACCUACCACUCCUCGGCAUCCUACUCUGGCGAAGGAUCGUCACAUCCUGGCCCGUCUACACAUGACAAGAAUUGGCACCAAACAGCAACCCCAGGGGACGUGACAACCGCAGUGCACAACCUUCUCUCAUCAACGAAACGGCUACAAGAGGUGCUGCGGCUCUGGGGUGCGGAAAAGGCGUCAGAGGGAGACGUUAGCGACGUCUACGUGCAGAUUGGGCACGAGUUCAAUGCCACUAUCAAUGCGUUUGCCUAUCACCAGAUCGACUUGAGGGAGAUCCAUAAUAUCCCAAGCGACCUGCGAGACGUUCUAGAGCGUUGCUUGUCCGAAGAACCUGCGCCCGAAGUUCUCGAGUCUUUCAUGCCAGCCCUGCGCAAGGUCCUGUAUAAAUUGCUCAAAGGACUUCAGAGUCGGCAGGAUGCAUGGCGCGCAGCGACACAGAGCGGGCGGGCGAGGUCGCUCAACGGGUCCUGAA